AUGAUAAUGGUGCAACAUUUGGUGGCCGCCACGGCGCAUAAUUUUGCGACGGCGGCACUCUCGAACGUCUCCUCAUCAUCAUCAUCCAUCUCCAGCUCCAGUUCGUCGAGCUCCUCGUCGUCGCUGCUGUCGCUGUCGUCCGCCUGCUCUGCCUCGUCCGUGUCAGGCUCUGCGUCCGCCUCGCCGGCGGCAUCGCCUACGGCUGCUGCCUGCUGUGCCACGCCCACGCCAACGCCAGUCGCCUCGCCCCUGGCGCCGCAGACGCCCACAUCACCAGCGCCCGCGUCCGUAUCGGCCAAGGAUGCGCAGUCGGAGCCAAGUAAACCAGCAAUCGCAGGUGCCAUAGAUGAGAUCAAGUCAGAGCGACAGAGUCCAAGACCUGCUCCAAGCCUAAGUCCAGAUUUAGCUCCUGCAGUGGAAAAGGAAGCCGCAGCAGCUGGCAGCAAAGCUGCAGAAGAGACAAAGGAGCAGGCAGCAGCUGAGGAAACGAAGCAGGCACAGGCCAAGCAGGAGAAGGAUAAGGAGAAGCAGGAGGAGGAGGAGGAGGAUGUGGAGAGCAUUGCAACAGAUUGCCGCGAGUUCAAAGUGCUCUACAAUCACCUGAGGCAGCAACAGCAGCAGCAGCAGCAUCAAUCCGAGCCAGACAAGACGCGCAGCACCCUGGACGAUGUCUCCAAGAUACUUUGGGAGCGCAAGCAGCAGCUGCAGCGCAGCAGCGUCAUCACCAGCAGCAACGAGUUGCAAGUGCAGCAGCAGCAGCAGCAGACACAGACACAGCUGCCACAGCAAAUGAGCGACAUCGAGGACGAGGAAGCGCUCGAGGAGGACGCCGAUGCGGACAUCGAGGCGGAUGCCUCCAACGAUGAGGAGCUGCUCGAGCUGCAGUACCAGAACGGCUACGACUCACCCCUCGAUCUCUCGCUGAGCAGCGCCGCGACAGCGGCAAAUGCAGCCGCAGCAGCGGCGGCGGCAUCGUCAACAGGCGCCACUGCAUGCAGCCGGCGACGGGGACGCACUUACUCCGGCACAGAAUCCGACGAAGAUGCAUCCACGCAUUGCGAACGGGCGAGGAUGCGGCUGAAGCCGGCGGAACGCUCCGCCGCCUACAAGAAGAGCUUGAUGAAGCGCUACUAUACUGAAAUUCCUAUUGUCAAACAAUCAACCAGUCCGUCACCUCAUCAGCAGCAGCAGCAGCAGCAACACCAGCACCAACAACAGCAACAACACCUGCAGCAGACACAACAACAGCAGACACAACAACAGCAGCAGCAUCAAGCUUUCGGCAGUGCAACAACAUUGUUGCACAUCAAGACCGAGCAGAAUGCGCUCUUAACACCGCUGCAGCAGAGUCAGCAGCAGCAGCAGCAGCAACAACAACAACAACAGCAGCACAGCUUACAGGGCAACAACAAUGCGCAUCAGCAGCAACAACAGCAGCAGCAGCAGCAGCAACCUUUGGCCAUACCGCAUCGGCCAUUGCUGCACAAUCUGCUCAGCGGCGGCGCAAUCCACAAUCCACAUCACAGAAAUUACACGACGGCCACAACAGGUUCAUUUCCGCCCAGUCCGGCGGAUAGCGGUGUGUCCGACGUGGACAGCUCCAGUUCCGGCGGCCAGCCGUGCGCCGACGAGUUGAAGGCGCGCCUGGGCAUGCCGACGACGGCAGCAACAUCGGCAUCAGCAGCUGCAGCUGCCGCAGCGGCCACCCACUCAGCAGCGGCAGCGGCCGCAGCAGCGGCAGCAGCAGCGGCGCACCUGCAUACGGGCACAUUUCUGCAUCCAAAUUUAUAUCAGAACAAUGCGGCGAAUUCGUUGCGGAAUAUAUGGAAUCGCAGUGUUGGGGUGCCCGACAACUACUAUGGCAACAGUGGCUCCAGUGGCGGCGGCGGCGGAGGCGUUAAUCCUGGCACGCCCGGCGCGCCCAGCUAUCUGACAACGUCCUACUUCAAUGCGCCAGCGGCAGCGUCGUCGCAGCGCAGCGCAGCUGCCAAUGGCUUUGGCACACAUCAGCAUCAUUCCCUGCAACAUCAGCAGCAGCAGCAGCAGGCGCAGCACGCGCCGCAACAGCAGCAACAAUUGUCACAUCACCAGCAGCAGCAGCAGCAACAGUUGCAUCAUCAGCAGCAACAGCAGCAGCAGCAACAACAACAACAACAGCACUCACAGUCACAGCUGGCGGCAGCGCAGCUGGCGUCAACGCACCCCCACCAGCUGCAUAGUACACCACAGCACACGCAUUCCACAAUUGCCAAUGCUGCGGCAGCGGCAGCGGCGGCGGCAGCAGCAUCGGUCGUGAGCAGCAGCAGCGCCGUCGCAGCGGCCGCAAUGCUUAGCGCCGGCAGCACGCAGAGCGUCAUACAGCAGCCGGCGACGUCGAGCGUCAACUAUGAUCUCUCUUAUAUGCUGGAGCUGGGCGGCUUUCAGCAGCGCAAGGCGAAAAAGCCGCGCAAACCGAAGCUGGAGAUGGGCGUGAAGCGGCGCAGUCGCGAGGGCUCCACCACCUACCUGUGGGAGUUUCUGUUGAAGCUGCUGCAGGAUCGCGAAUACUGUCCGCGCUUCAUCAAGUGGACGAACCGUGAAAAGGGCGUCUUCAAGCUGGUCGACUCCAAAGCCGUCUCCCGCCUCUGGGGCAUGCACAAGAACAAGCCGGACAUGAACUACGAGACGAUGGGCCGCGCCCUGCGCUACUAUUACCAGCGCGGCAUAUUGGCCAAGGUGGAUGGUCAGCGGCUGGUCUAUCAGUUUGUCGAUGUGCCCAAGGACAUAGUUGAGAUCGAUUGCAAUGGCGUCUGAGCGCGCGCAAGUGCAAGCGAGAGAGAGAGAGAGAGAGAGAGCAUGUAAAUAGACGUAAACCUUACCGAAACGGUGGCAAUAGAAUGGGAGCUGAACCGGCUAGCGGCAAUAGUAGAAAUAUACAUAUAAAACAGAACGAGAGAGAGAGAGAGAGGAGGAAGAGCAGAAACAUCCAAACUACAUAUAUGCAUGCAUACACACGCGCACAUGCGUACACGCAUGUACGGCCUGUGCAUAUGUAUCUGUGUGGUAAGCUACAUUUAAUUGUUUCGAUCAAUGCGAGGUGGGUUUUUUUGUACAUGUUGAGUUUUUGUUAGGUCUAAGAGAGGACACAUCAGAUUUAAGCGCAGAAGAGAGUAUAAAUUACAUAGCUGCUAGGCCUAUGCAUAUACAUAUGUAUACACACAUACAUAUACAUAUGCAUAAUGUAUAAUGUAUAUAUACAUAGUAAAUAAUUAUUAUGUAUACAGAGAAGCAAACAUGCUAAAACGUAAAAUUCUGUAGUAAUUAAUGAUCUAUUCAUUGGCUUUAGUGUUUUAAUUGUAACAUU